GUACGGCGCUCGGGGCCCCCGUCGGUGAGCAGCGCGCCUCGGAGUUGCAGAGAGUCGGUGCUGAGCGGCCGCGCGGAGAUGCAGACGAGUGUGAGCUCGCCCGGGGAGGAGGACGCGGACAAGCCGAAAGUGCCCGUCCUCCCGUUCAGCGUGGAGGCGCUCAUGGCCGAUCGCAAACCCAGCCGAGACUCGGCCGCGGCGGCGCUGUCGGAAGCGGGCGCUCCGGUGCUGGCGGGCACCUCUCACGCGCUCGGCGCCAGAGUCGUGGGCUCCCUGAGCGGCGCGGAGACCCCCGUGUCCCCGCUGGCCGUGGGCUCGCCCUUCCCGCUGGGAGGAAUAAUGAAGCUGCAGGAGGACGCGCUUGUCAAGUCGGAGAGCCCCGCCGACAGGCAGGAGCGCGGCUCGUGGGUGCAGAGCGCGCGCUUCUCGCCUCCUCCUCCUGCCAGAAGGCUCAGCCCCCCUGCUUGUCCCCUGAGAAAACACAAGACCAACAGGAAGCCUCGGACCCCAUUCACAACAACCCAGCUGCUGGCCCUGGAGAGGAAGUUCCGCCAGAAGCAGUACCUGUCCAUAGCCGAGCGCGCGGAGUUCUCCAGCUCGCUGAACCUGACCGAAACGCAGGUCAAGAUCUGGUUCCAGAACAGACGGGCCAAAGCCAAACGCCUGCAGGAGGCCGAACUGGAAAAGCUGAAAAUGGCAGCCAAGCCCAUGCUUCCUCCUGCUUUUGGGAUUUCAUUUCCCCUCAGUGCCCACGUCCCGGCCUCAUACGGAGCCUCGCACCCCUUCCAGAGACACUCUUUGCCCGUGUCACCUGUUGGUCUCUACGCUGCCCAUGUUGGAUACAGCAUGUACCACUUGGCGUGAGGGGAAAGGCCUUGCUGCAGCGGAUGCCCCGCACAAACCGUGCCAGAUUUUGUGUGUGAGAGCUGUGGCGCAAACAAAAGAACUUAAAAUGUCAUUGCAGCUUUGUGUAAUUUCUGGCCCGGUAUGAGUAGAGCGAGAGAAGGCUCAUGUUGCCCCGAGCAGGUAAUACACUUUGGCAAAUGCAGACUUGUACUAAUGAUGCCAUAUCUGAUCAUAUCAUUGGCAACUUCUAGCUUUGUUAUAAAAUCAGAAGUAAUCCCCAGAAAGGUAGCUGUUCCACAGGGCUGAUCCUUGUGAAGCCACUGAUACCCUGCAAAACUCUGUAUUGAGGCCGGUUCAGAGCUAAAUGCCUCCACAUGCCUUAAUCCCAAAGUAGGUUAAGGACAUUUUUUACACUUCUGAGAAAAAGAAGUGCCAGUUGGUGUUUUCUGCAUUCUUAACAGGCAAGAGAAAAGUGGGGGUUUCUAACUUUCAUAAGCAGUUGUUUGCUCUUUUGCUAAAU